CCAGUGCCAGAUGCCUGGGCAUUCGAGGCACCGCCGCCGCCCUGGCACCUGCUCUCUAGUGCCUCUGUGCCCGUCGCGCUCGGAGACGAUGCUGCCAUAACGUUGCGAAAGUGAUUCCUUCCGUGUCCGACAAGGCGAUGGGCGGAAGGAGGUGAGCACGUCGCCACCGAUUUACUCAGCGCCGUCACGUAACGCAGGAGCCCGAAGUCGUCCGUAACGCAAUGCGACUGUGACAUGGUUGUUUCGAGUGAGAGAGCGUGAAAAAAGUUCGGUCCGAUCAGUUGAUAGAAAAAUGUGACGCGGAAGUGACAGUCGCGGUGAGAGUAAGGGCGAGUGGAAGUGACAUCGUGCUGAGGGCAAGACUCGGCUGACAGGAAGUGUCCUGAGCCGUGAGGUCUGGCUGAUGAGCCACGCAGACGCCUCGGGUCCUCUUGCUUAACAUCUCAAAGAACGCGGCCGCCUCCAAGUGGAUGACGUGUGCGGGUCCAUGCCUGUGUGUGAAUUACUGAAGGGGAAAAGGGAAGUGUCCGAGUGAGCCGAGCAGCGGGACGAGUCGAGCCCCGUCGCGAGCGAGAGCUGAGGAUCCCCUCGGAACAUCCCUCGGGGCAAGAUGGUGCCGUCCCCCCCCGAGGCCUGGCCCCCGAUGGGCGGCGGAGGAGGGGCGUCUACAGGGGGCUCCGUGAUGGGCGGCUUGGAGGCGAAUUUGGGCGGGGGUGGUAGCGGCGGCGGAUUCCCAGGGGGCGCCGCGCCCGCCCAGCUGCUCAACUGGGUAUAUCUAACACUCGCGGACCAUCACAACCAGCAGGCAGCAGCAGCAGCAGCGGCAGCAGCAGGAGGGACGUCCCAACCGAACCCCCCGCCUCUAGACAGCACGCAGAACAAGAUGCUGCACGGUGGCUGGAACAACCUCGGCAUGGGCGGAGGCUCAGGCGUGGGCGGCGUGGGCGGCGUAGGUUCCAUGCCGCCCUCCUCCCUGGGCUCCCUGGCGGGCGGCGGCCUCAGCAACAUAAAUAACAACAUGGGCGGCGGCGUGGGCGCGCUCGGCGGGGGCGUGGGCGGCCUGAGCUCCUCAGGGAUGGGCGGCCUCAACUCCCUUCUGAACGGGAGCAACGGGCUGAGCUCAGGGCUGCUGAGUGGGCUGACCGGCCUCACGCCCACGGACAUCACGGCCCUGACUUCCCUCACCUCGCUCAACGGACUCACGGGAGGCUUCAGCAACGGUCUCAACGGGAUCAACAGUCCCGUUAACAGCAGCAGCUUAAACGGCAGUAUAGGAGAGCUGGCGGACCAACUGAAUGAGCUGACGUUGGGCCUUGACAAGAAGGUGAAGGGGAGGAAACUGCCGCCCAACUACCUGUGCCAUUUGUGCUUCAAGAAGGGUCAUCACAUCAAAGAAUGCCCGCAGGCACGACCCAAGGGCGAGGGCCUUACGCCGUACCAGGGGAAAAAGCGCUGUUUCGGCGAAUUCCGGUGCACGAAAUGCAAACGGAAGUGGAUGAGCGGGAACUCGUGGGCCAACUGCGGCCAGGAGUGCAUCAAAUGCCGCAUCAACGUGUAUCCACACAAGCAGGUCCGUGCUUGUACCCUAACAACUCGGCCCCUCGAUAAGCCGGACGGACUGGAUGUGUCAGACCAGUCCAAAGUCCAUCCACAACACCUCUGUGAGAAGUGCAAGUCCCUUGGCUAUUACUGCAGGAGAGUCAACUAGGAUCCUAAACUAUCAGGAGUUGCAAGGAGGUACACGCAAGGACACACACACACACACACACACACACACACACACACACACACACACACACACACACACACACACACACACACACACACACACACACACACACACACACACACAUACACACACACAUACACAAAACGUUUGCUAGUGUUUUUGCCUUUUGUAUGAACAACACAAGCACACAAACAAGCACACGUAUUCAUAGCCAGCCACAAACUUCGAAUCCUGCAAUCGAACUUCGUCGCUCCUGAAACUUCCCUUCCUAGUCUCUCCCGAACUUGAAGAAAGCAAGCGAAGAGAGGGCGUGAACCAACGACGAAGUCUUCCCUCGACCCCGAGUGGUCCUUCGAUCAACCAACGACACGGCAGAAAUGAGUAAUUUUUAUUUAAAACGAGAAUUCAGCGAUUUAGAACUUUAGAAGUCUAUUUACGAAGUGGCAACUGCAAAAGUGAAGCCGAACGAGUG